AUGAAAGGAGAAGGAAAGAUGGUAAUGAAGUCUAAAUUGAAAUGGGUUGGUUUAGUUGGGUUAGUUUUGUCUGCUUUUUCUCUUUUUGUACACUUUCUGCUAGCAAGAUUUACUGAGGAGGGCAUUGCAGAGUACCAGUCUUCGAUCACAAUCUUUUCUUGGAGACCCAUCUUUGAGAAUGCUGAAUUAGACAAAACUAGUCCACUAUAUAGAAGAUUAUGGGGUCCAGUGAGGCGCUUUGAAUCUCUGCAUCCGGAUGCGAAUCCUAGAGGACAUUAUGCUGAACCCAAACCAGUAUCAAAUGGAUAUAUCUUUGUCAGGAUACAAGGUGGUUUCCAUGAAAUUAGGAAUUCGAUAUGUGAUGUGGUUGUGGUUGCUCGGCUUCUAAAUGCUACUUUAGUUAUUCCUGAGAUCCAAUCAACUACAAGCAGCAAAGGAAUCAGCUCUCAAUUCAAAAGUUUUGCAUACCUUUACAAUGAGGAUCAGUUCAUGGCAGCACUGGUAAAAGAUAUAAAAAUUGUGAAAACCCUUCCAAAAGAUCUGAAAGGGGCAAGGAGACAAAAGAAGAUCCCAUCAUUCAGGGUGGCUUAUUCAGCUUCACCCUAUUUUUAUUUGCAUCAAGUUCUUCCUGUACUUAAUAAGCAUUCAGUGGUUGAACUGGUGAUUCCAGAAGGGGGAUGCUUGCAGGCCAUCCUUCCUCCUCACCUUGAAGAAUAUCAAAGGCUGAGAUGUAGAGUAGCUUUUCAUGCCUUGCGGUUCCGACAAGAGGUCCAGGAACUUGCAACUAAAAUUUUGCACAGGUUACGGGCUCCUGGCCAGCCGUUUAUAGCCUUUGAUCCUGGGAUGACAAGAGAGGCUUUGGCAUAUUACGGCUGUGCUGAACUCUUCCAGGAUGUGCACACUGAACUGAUUCAGCACAAACGAGCCUGGAUGUUAAAACGUAGGAUUAUCAAAGGGAAACUUUCUGUAAAUUCUGUUGAACAACGCUGCAACGGUUCAUGUCCAUUAAUGCCAGAGGAGGUUGGUAUUCUUCUUUGUGCAUAUGGAUACUCGUGGGACACGAUAAUUUAUGUUUCUGGUGGAGAAGUUUUUGGUGGCCAAAGAACCUUAAUUCCUCUUCAUGCAAUGUUUCAAAAUGUUGUUGAUAGGACUUCCCUCAGUGCAGGAUGGGAACUUAGUAGAAUUUAUGGCCGUGAGGUUAACCUUGUUGGCAAUUAUCCAGAGUCCCCACCUUCUUUUGUGGAAGAAAAGAAGCUUGAAGCAUGGAAAAAUGCAGGUCCACGCCCUCGUCCACUUCCACCUCCCCCAGCUCGACCCAAAUCUUAUAACAUUGAAGGUUGGUGGGGUUGGGUUGCUGAGAGCGAUAAUGAGCCAGAGAGUACAGUUAUUGAAUUGAGGACUAAUGCUCACAAAUUGCUAUGGGAUGCAAUUGACUAUGUGAUUUGUGUUGAAGCUGAUGUGUUUAUUCCUGGAUUUGAUCGUGAUGGGAAAGGACAUCCAAAUUUUGCCAGCUUGGUGAUGGGGCAUAGGCUCUAUCAAUCAGCUUCGUCUAAGACCUUUAGACCAGACAGGAAGGAAAUUGCCAAGCUUCUUGACGAAACCCGUGAACACUUGUAUCAAGCAAAUGAUGCUUGGCUGACAUCCAUGCGCAGGCAUUUGAGGAGAAGUUUAAUUGAUGGAGUAGUAGAAGCUUCCACAAAAUCAAAACUUUUAUCUUUUCUUUCUCAUCCGGUUCCUGAAUGUUCAUGCUCAGGAUCUGAUCUUACUGAAGCAUCCUUGCAUGCUUCAAGCCCUUCAGCUCAGGCACAAGUCGAGGCUGCUCUUGGAGUUACACACCAUUGUCCGAGAUGGAUGGACGGUGAAAUAGUCUCAAAAUCAAAGGACAAAGAAGUCGAGGAGGCUCUUGAUGAAGAUGUUUCCUCUACUGGGUUGUUUUUCAAGCAUAGUGGUGAAAAUAAUGAAACAGGAGGUGGAGAAAUGAACAAAGAAGAAGCUCAAUUGGAGGACCAGGAAGAACUUGAUGGUGUAGAAUAAUAAGGUAGGAUCACAUUUUUUUGAGUGUCCAUGACCUGUCAAUAGCCUUGAAUGCCAUUCUUGAUGAAAGAAAGAGCUGCAUUAGCUGAAUCUGAUGAAGAAGUGAAACAUCCGCGGUUUCUGCAUUGAUGGGGGAAAAGCUAAUUCUUGAUCAUAAUGGUUGAAGAACUCAACAAAUGAAGCGCUUUCUUAGUUCAUAUGCUAUGGUAUGAAUCUCUUCAGCCACUUGUAUUUGAUAUGUACUCUAGUUCAGGCCUCUCUGGAAAAGAAUGAUUUUUAUCUUUCCAACCCUAACCAAUUUUGAUACAGACUAGCAUGCUCAACCAUAAUGGAUACUCUUUGUAGAGAAUCUCUUAUUUUCCUAGGCAUAAUUGACAGUUAUAAUUUGUGUAACAUAGUCAAGCAGAAUAACAUAGUCGUUUAAUCCAUGAUUGCAUGUAUGAAUUCUUUUC